AAUUCACAGAUCUGAGGCUGGUGAGCGACAGUGACUGUGCUGGGCGGCUGGAGGUUUUCUACAAUGGGACGUGGGGCAGUGUUUGCUACAAUCAGAUGUCUGGAGUCACCCCAGCAAUUGUCUGCAAACAGCUGAACUGUGGGAAUGGAGGGCAGAUUGUAAGAGACUUUGAAUAUGGAGCAGGUUCUGGUCCCACGUGGCUGGACCAUGUUGCAUGCAGUGAGCAGCACCGCUCCCUCUGGCAGUGCCCGUCAGAGCCCUGGAAUCCAAAGUCAUGUGAUAACCGAGCAGAAGAGACUCAUAUUUCUUGCACUGGAAAAAAAGCAAAACCAACUCAGACCCUGUUUACCGAGUGCCCAAACUCUCCAAGCUGCACAGACCAGGAGAAGUUACGUGUCGUGGGAGGACAGAACAGAUGCUCGGGGAGAGUGGAGGUUUGGUACCGUGGCUCCUGGGGAACAGUUUGUGAUGACUCCUGGGACAUGGCGGAUGCUAACGUUGUGUGUAAACUACUGGGCUGUGGAACUGCUAUAUCUGCCCCGGGCGAGGCUGCAUUCGGUGAGGGGACUGGUCCCAUCUGGGUGGAGAAGGUGAACUGCAGAGGGACAGAGUCAUCUCUCUGGGACUGUCCUGCCACGCCCUGGGGUGAGAGCUACUGUGGUCAUAAGGAAGAUGCUGCUGUGAAUUGCUCAGGUUCCAGAAGACCCUUGGAUCCCUUCUCUGAGGCUGUGUACGAGGAGAUUGAUUAUAACCUGAUGAGAGAGAAGCAGGAGAUGUUCAGUCGCUCAGUCCCACAGUUCUGCUGUUCUCACUGUGAUGAAUUUCUGGUUCUCGUCUCUCCAGUCUCCUAUUCAGAUGACUCAGUGAGGAAGCUGCAGUAUUACACUGGGGACAGUGAGGGGGAAAACGAUCCUGGAUCAGAACAAGAGGGAGCUUCCCCAGAGGGGUCUCAGUUGGAUUACGAUAACGUGGAGGAGCCUGCCUUGAACGACGUCCCCCAGACUCCAGGCGGCCGAGAUGCCCCUGUCCUGGCUGGAGAUGUCCCAGGGGCUGGUUAUGAUGAUGCCAGAGAUGUGUCUGACCCUGAAGAUGACCCUGGUUUGGGGCAGAAUGAUGAGGAAGUCACUGGGGCGAGUGACAGGAACAGGGAUUCACAGACAGGUUGGAAUCUGCACUCGCUAAGGAAUGAAGGUGUCUCUGGGAUGGAGAAAGAAACCCUGUUCCUGCCUCCUGGAGACACAAGUUAUGAUGAUGUGGGACAUGGUGACUCUGGGGGAUCAGUAUCAGAACAAUGUGAUUGGACCAAAUAACCGGGGGAUGAUGUAAAAGUUUUGCCUCUUUCUCUGAGAAAUGCUCCCUCUGGCAUGAUGCCCAGAGACAGUCCCUGCCUGGUAGAUAGACAAAGCAGGGGUUUCUAUAGAAUUUGUGUGAAGUUGCAGGAAAUUC